AUGGCGCACUUACAUCCGAAAAGGCCUUUUUAUCUUGAUUUAAGUUUCGCCACAUUUAAUGACACAGAGCAGAUCUCAGAGGAGCAGCAGGAGGAAGAGAGUGAGGAAGAGGAGGAGAGUGAGGAAGAGGAGGAGAGUGAGGAAGAGGAGGAGAGUGAGGAUGAGGAGGAGAGUGAAGAAGAGGAAGAGAGUGAGGAAGAGAAUGAGGAAGAGGAGGAGAGUGAGGAAGAGGAAGAGAGUGAGGAAGAGGAGGAGAGUGAGGAAGAGGAAGAGAGUGAGGAAGAGGAAGAGAGUGAGGAAGAGGAGGAGAGUGAGGAAGAUGAGGAGUCCUGCUGCUGAAUGAACGGCUUGUUGGAGUGAAGAACAGGAUCUGCUCAGAGGACUGAAGUUCUGCUGCUGCUGCUGCUGCUGCU